AUGAAGAUGACAUGGGAGGGGGCUCUGGAGUACUGCAGAAAGAAUCACACUGACCUCUCCAGCCUUGUCUCUGAGACCGAGCACCUUCUGGCCCAGAAAGAAAUCCAGAAAGACAGCGUCACUGAGCGAGUGUGGAUCGGCCUGCGUUACCUGGAGGACCGCUGGCUGUGGGUGAACGGUGACCCUAUGUUGCACCAGGCCUGGACCCAAAGAGAUCAGGACCACCAGUGUCCAAUAUGGACACGCUGUGGAGCUUUAACCAGAGGGGGAGUGUGGGAGAACCGGGACUGCCAGGAGGAACUCUACUUCAUCUGCUAUUAA